AUGCGGCCAUGGAAAUUGACGGGGGGCGCCCGGGCCUGGCCUGGCCGGUGCCAGCUGCCCCUCCUGCUGGCGCUGCUGCUGGCGCUGCUGCCCGCCGCCUCCUGCGAUGCCCGCCGGCCGCGGGCCGCUAACUCCACCGCUAACUCCACCGCGGCGGCGGGCGGGCGGCACGUGCGCAGCUACACGCAUCUCCAGGGAGACGUGCGGUGGCGCAAGCUCUUCUCCUUCCAGAAGUUCUUUCUCAGGAUUGAUAAAAAUGGGAAAGUCAACGGCACCAAGAGCAGAGACGACCCCUUCAGUGUGCUGGAGAUCAAAUCGGUUGCCGUGGGGAUCGUGGCCAUCAGGGGGCUCACCAGCAACUACUACCUGGCGAUCAGCAAGAGGGGGGAGGUGUAUGGAGCGAGAGACUACGGCGUGGACUGCGAGCUGAAGGAGCGCAUCGAGGAGAACGGCUACAACACCUACGCCUCGGCGGCCUGGAAGAACGGGAAGAAGCAGAUGUUCGUGGGGCUGAGCGCCAAGGGGAAGCCGCUGAGGGGGAAGAAGACCAGGCGGAAGCACAACGCCACGCACUUCCUGCCCAUCGUGGUGUAGCCACUGACCCUCACCCCCCCCCCGACCCCCCCGACACCCCCUCCCCCCCCUCGACCCCACCCCCCGCGCUGGGUCUGCCGGGACCGUUUUACUGCACUGAAGAAGGACGAUUUCCAAAGACGCUAAGGCAAAAAAAAAAAAUUUAUAAAAUACAUUCACAAAAAGGACAUCUGUUCUAGAAGGAAAAGCACUAUUUACAGGAAGAGCCUGAACUCAAGUGGCACGCUAAGUGUCUCGCAGUACGUGCAUUUUUGGGAUGUUUGUUUUUUUGUUUUUUUUGUGAGUUGUGCGCACGGGACUAAAUAGGAAGCCCUUUCUCUGUGCCAAACUGGUUUAAAAUGGCUGAUCGUUUAAAAAAAAAGGAGGAUGACACAGGAAAUGUAAAGGAAACAUGUUUCCUACAUUAGGCUACUUAAAUGUCACGUCAGAGUGAGCUGACAGGGCAGGACUGAGGCCGUGGGGGUUUGUGUGCAUGUGCAUUUGCGUGUGAUCGUAGGACGAAGGUAUUUAUGACGUACGAGCUCAUUUCAAAAGACUUUAAAUGCACACCACUGAAGUCCCAGGCCCGCCUGCUGAAGACGCAAACUCGCCGGAGGAACUCUGGGCACGGAGGAGUCCUCUGCACAGAGUAACCGCCGAAUAACUGGCAUACGGAGUCACAGCAUCGUAUUCAUCCACUGCUUAUCCGGACUGCUCGCUAAUAAAUUAUUUAUUUUAUGUAAUAUUUAAAAGGGAAAAAAUAAUACAAAGUGGUCAAUUUUAUUUUCAUUCUUCUAAAGUUCUUCUUACACUUUUCAAAUACUUUCUUUGAGACACGAAUAAAUUCUCUUCCCUAUC